AUGUGUAAAUUCACUUCUUGCAGUAAAUGUGGAGCAAAAUAUUGCAACGGUUGUGCGCUUUCUAUAUCGACUGACACUCCACUCCCAAGUGGUUACUCAUCUCAGUGUCCCGAAUCAGUGAUCAACUGUUUUUUCGUGAAUCUAUAUUAUAACUGUGAGUUGCGAUCGUUAUCAAAUGUAUUCGUAGACAUAAGUUAUUGUUAUUUUAAUCAAUCAAAUAUGGAUUUACAGAGUAAUUAUGUAUCAGCAAAGAUAGCUGAAAAUAUAGCAGAGGAGUUAUCUAUUCCUAUUGGUACAGGUAUAACGAUUGCUGCAAAAGCUUGGGGACCGAAUAACAGUAAAUUCAAAGUGCUUGGACUGCACGGUUGGCUCGACAAUGCCAAUACGUUCGAUGUGAUAGGUCCGGUGAUGGCAUCGAGUGGCAUCCGUAUGAUAUGCGUAGACUUUAUCGGUCAUGGACGUAGUCCGCAUAAACCAACAUGGUGCAAUCUCUACUACACCGACUACAUCACCCAGGUCGUAGACGUUGCCGACGCUCUCGGCUGGAAGACAUUCUCCAUCGUCGGACACAGCAUGGGUGCCGGAAUCGGUUCGAUUGUCGCAGCUACCGUGCCACACAUGGUCGAGAAGAUUGUGUGUCUCGACUUUAUCGGUUUGAUGUCGAGAGAGCAGGAUCAGCUACAAGCGAUUCAAAUCGCCAUGGCAUCGCGUGACUCGCUGAUCAAGCGUAAGCCAUUCCUCUAUCCUUCGAGAGAGUCGAUCGUCGAGAAGCUAAAGUCAAACAAUCCGUUCAUCUCAGACGACGCCGCUAGAAGAUUGCUGGCGCGUUCCAUCGAGACCGUAAUCUCGCCAUCUGGCGACCAGAUGUACAAGCUACGUCACGAUCCUCGUUUGGUCGGUCCGUCCAUCUUCACGAUGAGAGAACACGAAGUGUUGGUCAUGUUGAAAUCUAUUAGCUGUCCGGUCAUGUUGAUUUGGGGAACCGUCAGUGCACAGCAAUUCGGAAUGAAAAAGAACUGGCCAGAAGUAAUGGAGAAGAGAAUGGAAUGCAUCAAAAACCUGGAAACACUUCAAUGUCAGGGAUCACACCACUUCCAUUUGGAAAACAUUAGUAGUUUCAUCGAUCGACUCAUCAACUUUGUCAAAGAGAAUCAAGAAAUCAAUUUUAGUCCACCACCCAACACUUUUGUUUCACAAGAGAAUCAUAAUCAACUUGCAGAGGCUGGUUUACCAAAAUCAAACAUAUAA